GCACGGACGAAGCCGUCACGAACCCAACCCAACCCCAUCAGAGCCCAUCUUGCGACCCGGGACCAGACCAAUCAGGGCGGCUCUCCGACGCGGCGGCGACCACAGAGAGGGAGCGGGGUCGAGGCCGGACGUGGGAUCGUCGGCGGGGCGGGGAGGAAGCGCGCGCGCGGCGGAUGUCCCGCGGCGGCGGGGACUAGGGCGACGGCGGCGGCGGGGACCGGGUGCUGCGGCGGCGCGACGAGGCGGCGGCGCGGGAGGGCGGCGGCACCAUGUCUGCGGUAGUCUGUGGCAAGAGGUCCUCCUCCAUCUUCGCCGACGAGCUCCUCCCGCCGUCCCCUCCCUCCCCUCACCACCACCACCCGGCGGCCAAGAGGUCCCGCCGCUCCCCGCCGCACCGCGGCCGCCGGGAGGGGCUCCUGCUCCAGCUGAUCCCCCUCUUCCCCGACAUGGAUCCCCAGUUGCUUGAAAAGGCUCUGGAAUCAUCUGGAGAUGACUUGGAUUCUGCAAUAAAGAGUUUGAACGAGCUGCGCUUGGAGUCCACUGGUCUCAAAUCUGAAAAUGGCCAGCAUACUGUAAUUCAGCCAUCUGUUGAAGGCAUUCCUGAUGGUGGUGUGGAUACCUCUACAGAACAUCUGCCUGCCGCUGAUAAUUAUCAGACAAGUAAUAAUGGCUCUGAAUGGGUUGAGCUAUUUGUCAGUGAGAUGACUAAUGCUUCUGACAUAGAUGACGCACGGGCUCGGGCAUCUAGAGCUUUGGAAGCUUUGGAGAAGUCCAUUGUAGAGCGUGCUGGAGCUGAAGCUUCACAAAAUCUGCAUAAGGAAAACAUGAUGCUCAAGGAGCAAUUGACAGUCGUUCUGCGAGAGAACGCUGUCCUGAAGCGGGCAGUCGCCAUUCAGCAUGAGCGCCAAAAGGAGUUUGAUGAAAGGUCUCAUGAAGUCCAAAGCUUGAAGCAACUUGUUUUGCAAUACCAGGAACAAGUGAGGACAUUAGAGAUAAACAACUAUGCCCUCACAAUGCACCUCAAGCAGGCUCAGCAGAACAACUCCAUACCUGGGCGCUUCAAUCCUGAUGUCUUCUAAGCAUAGCUGCAGGAUGACCACCUUCAGAUUAAUAAUCUAUGAAGAUGUCAUGUUUUACCAACUCCCCCUGGAGUGGGGAUGUGGGACUGGUGGAUUCACUCCCCAUGGGUCCAAAAUUUUCUUGUGACAAUAUAUAUUUAAUUGUGCUGCCUUCAUGCAAUUUGGCUAUUCGAUAUAGUAAUGUUUUGAGAGUUUCCCCAUGGGUGUUUCAA